AUUUGAUCGGAUCAGUUACCCAGUUUGUAGCGGAUCUUAGCACCCAGCGAGGAAGACAGACAAAAAAAAAAAGUCUUCUUGAUCUUUGACUGACACGAGCUCCCUUUGUAGCAUUGACCUGGUACAGAAAUGGGUUCUGUUGAAGUUUUUAUCUUUACAAGAUUUCCAUUGUAAUACAGUAUGUUUCUAUAUUUCUUUUGCUAAACAAUAGCUCUUUAUGUUAAAUUUCAGUAAAAUGUGUGAAAUUUAGCUCCUACAAGGCUCAAAGGAGGUUACUUUUUCUGGGCAUUUUAUGGUUUUGUAGCUGCUAGAUUACAGGGUUUUGGUCUUCUUGGGUAUGGCUUCUUGUUCUGAGCCAUCCCUAAAGAAAUACGAUGUGUUCCUCAGUUUUAGAGGCGAGGACACUCGUGACACUAUCACAAGUCAUCUCUAUGCUGCUUUGUGUCGAAAGAAAAUCGAAACUUAUAUUGAUACCAGACUUGAAAGGGGAGAUGAAAUUUCUCCUGCUCUUAUGGAAGCUAUUGAGGAAUCAGAUGUCUCAGUAGUAAUUUUCUCUGAAAAUUAUGCUUCUUCCUCGUGGUGUUUGGAGGAGCUUGUGCAUAUACUCUAUUGCAGGGAAACCAAAGAUCAAGUAGUUAUACCUGUAUUUUAUAAUAUUGAUCCAUCCCAUGUUCGAAAACAAAAGGGCAGUUAUGAAGUUGCGUUUACAGAGCUUGAAGAUCGGUUUGAGGAUGAAAUGGAUAAGGUGCUCGAGUGGAAGGAGGCUUUAAAAGUAGCAGCUAAUUUAUCUGGGUUUGAUUCGAGAGUUACUAGGCCUGAGGCUAAAUUGGUUGAGGAUAUUGUUGAAGACAUUAUCAAGAAAUUGAAUCAUAUGUCAUCAGCUGAUGAUUUAGAAGGUUUAGUUGGAAUUGAGAAACACAUUGAGCGAGUUAAAUCAUUGUUAUGUAUUGAUUCAUUAGAAGUUCGUACUACUGUUAUUUGGGGCAUGGGUGGUAUUGGUAAGACGACUCUAGCCGGUGCUAUCUAUAAUAGUAUCUCUUCUCAGUUUGAUGGUUGCUCAUUUCUCACAAAUGUUAGGGAAGAAUCAGACAGACAUGGGCUAAUCAGUUUACGAAAUAAGCUUCUUGCUGAAUUACUUGAUGAGAAGAAUUUGAAUAUUAGAACUCCAUCUUUAGGAUCAAGUUUUGUUAAGAAGAGGCUUCGAAGCAAAAAGUUUUUCAUUGUUCUUGAUGAUGUGAAUUCACCAAGCCAGUUGAAAUGUUUAGUUGGAGAGCCUAAUCAAUUUGGCGCUGGAAGUAGAAUCAUUGUUACAACUAGAGACGUGCAAGUGCUUAGGAAAGGAGCUAAUGAGAUAUACAAGCUCGAGGGGUUAAAUUUUGAUGAAGCUCAUCAACUCUUUAAUUUGCAUGCUUUUGAAGAAAACUCUUCCACAAAUGAUUAUCUAGAGCUAUCAAAAAAGGUGGUAAAAUAUGCUAAUGGCGUUCCAUUAGCACUCGUUGUUUUAGGUUCCCACCUACUAGGCAGGAGCAAAGAAGCAUGGGAAAGUGCAAUGGCUAAAUUGAUGCAAACGCCUCAUGGAGAAAUUCAAGAUGUGUUGAAAAUAAGUUAUGAUGGACUAGAACUUGAUCAGAAAGAGAUAUUUCUUGAUAUUGCAUGUUUCUAUAAAGGAAAAAGCAUAACGUUUGUAGAAAGAAUACUAGAUGGAUGUGGUUUCUCUGCAAAGAUAGAAAUAGAUAUUUUAAUCAAAAAGUCUCUUAUAGCUAUCAUAGACAACAAGCUUUGGAUGCAUGACUUGUUAGAAUAUAUGGGUCGAGAAAUUGUUCGCCAAGAAUCUACAGAUGUCCCUGGAAAUCGCAGUAGGUUGUGGAUCGCGAAGGAUGUUUAUGAUGUAUUGAAAACAAAUUCAGGAACUGAAGCUAUUAAAGGCAUAUUCCUAAACAUGUCAAAGAUUGAAGAAGUAAGAUUGAGUCCUAUGGUGUUCUCAAAAAUGCAGAAACUGAGGUUGCUUAGAAUUUAUACUUCUGGUUCUGUCGAUGAUUGUAAGUUGCACCUUGGUGAAGGUCUUCAAUCACUUCCCUAUUCGCUUAGAUAUAUCCAUUGGCAUGGAUACCCUCUGAAAUCAUUACCACCGGAGUUUAAUCCUGAGAAUCUUGUUGAACUUAACAUGCCUUAUUGCAAGGUUGAUAAGCUUUGGAAUGGGGUCCAGCAUUUGAGCCGCUUAAGAAAGAUCAAUCUUAGUCACUCCAAACAGUUGACUGAAAUCCCAGAUCUCUCCAAGGCUCAAAAUCUCCAAUAUGUCAAUCUUCAGUUCUGCACAUGUUUGCGCAAUGUUCCAUCUUAUUUUCAGAGCCUUGAUAAGCUUACCAAAUUCAAUCUUACAGGCUGUCGACGUCUUACAAAUAUUCCGGAGAUAAAAGGAAAUAUGGAAUACCUGCAUUUAAGUCAAACUAUGAUUGAAGACUUGCCUUCAUCAAUUGGUUGCCUAGAUAAACUUGUGUCACUGAAUCUUGAUUAUUGUGAAGGCAUAAAGAAUCUCCCAAGUAGUAUUUGCAUGCUAAAGUCCUUACAAAUUCUUAUUCUAGUCGGUUGCUCAUCUUUUGACAAGUUUCCCGAGUUACCAAAAACUAUAAGAGAAUUAGAUUUGAGUGAUUCACUGAUAGAAAUAGUCCCUUCAUCUAUUGAGGGCCUUCUUCAUCUCAGGAAACUAUCUCUGGAAGAUUGUAUUAUGCUAGAGUGUCUCCCACCUUGCAUUUAUAAGCUGAAAUCACUUGAGUAUCUUUCGCUGUCUGGUUGCUCAAGCUUAGAAACGUUUCCAGAAAUAUCAGAGCUUAUGGAACAUUUAAAGAGUCUUAAUUUAAAAGAAACAGCAAUUAAAGAGUUACCAUUGUCAAUUGAUAAUCUGAUAGUGCUUCAAACAUUAAACUUGCAGAUGUGUGAAAAUCUUGAGUUUGUCCCAGAUAGCCUCUUUAGCUUGCAGCACCUUGAAAUCCUCCUUGUUGACCAUUCAAAACUUGAAAAAUUGCCUUCCUUGUCAUUUGGUUUGGGCUCUUUAAGUGUUCUAGAACUGAGCUGUUGUAAUUUAUUAGAAAUCCCUGAUCAGCUUGGUUGCUUAUCCUCAUUGGAAAGGUUAAACUUAAGUUGGAAUGCUUUUCAUAUAAUUCCUACAUCCAUCAAACAACUUUCUAAGUUGACUUACUUUGACAUAAGCAAUUGCAAGAGUCUUAAAUCCUUACCAGAGCUUCCAUCAUGUAUAGAAUUUCUUGAUGCUCAUGGCUGCACAUCAUUGGCAGUUGUUUCUAGCUCAGGGGCUGCACUCAUGCAAGGUUGGGAUCACUUCCAAGUUUCCUCAGAGCAACUUAUAUUUUUGAAUUGUGUGAAGUUAGAUGAGAAUGCACUCAUCAACAUAACCACUGAUGCCCAUAUAAGAAUUUUGCGUAUGGCAACUUUAUUGGCCUGGUCAGGAGAUGGAUAUGGGCAUGCUUAUUCAAUUAGUAUCUGUUGUCCUGGACAUGAAAUUCAAAAAUGGUUUAGCUACGAGAAUACUGGACCCUCAAUAAAUAUCAAGCUUUCUCCGCAAUGGCAUAAUGCAAACUUUUUAGGUUUUGCUUUAUGUGUUGUGGCUACAUUGGAGGAUCAUUGUUUGUAUGGAGAUUUGAAUUUUCAAUGUCACUGUCACUUCAAAACAAACAAUGGUGAAACCCGUGAAUUCCAAUGGCGUUUGAGGGGUUGGGGAUGGUAUAAUGAGGGUGAAACCAGAAUUGUCAAUUCGGAUCAUAUGUUUCUGUGGUAUGAUUACAGAAUUUGUUGUAGCGCAAAAGAAGACAGUUUUACCGAGGUGUCAUUUGAAUUUUACACUGUAGAUGCGUUAAGAAGACCUAUUAAUUCUUGCAAAGUGAAAAAAUGCGGGAUUUCUCUACUGUACAAGCAAGACACAUUAGAUCUCUUGAACUUUGAAUGAAGAUGUUGGAGAACCAGGGUAUGAAGAAGAUACUAAAACUAGGUGAUACUUCAGUGAGUCUCCGGAAAAUUUGAAACUAAUGCAUUUCCCUUGGAGUGCUUGAUGUUUCUCUCCUACAAUAUGGUGACAGGUGAGUAAACUGCUCUCAUUCAAGUGUUCAUCAAAAUUUCUUUUGGUGUUUUGAUCUUAUGGUUUUUGAAGCACUCCUCAUCACCUAUGCUGUACUAGAUAAUAAGACAAAAACAUGUUCAACCAUGUGAACUUUUCAGACCCAAUGAAAGAGAUUGAACUCAUUAUAAUGAGUAA